GGUUAUUAAGCAAGUAAAUAUUUCAGAGAAAUGGCGGCCAUUAGGAAGAAGCUGGUCAUUGUUGGAGACGGAGCUUGUGGAAAGACCUGUUUGUUAAUUGUGUUUAGUAAGGAUCAGUUCCCUGAAGUAUAUGUCCCAACUGUAUUUGAAAACUAUGUGGCUGAUAUCGAAGUUGACAGCAAACAGGUUGAGUUGGCACUAUGGGAUACUGCAGGACAAGAAGAUUAUGACAGACUACGUCCUCUCUCCUAUCCUGACACUGAUGUUAUCCUAAUGUGCUUCUCUAUUGACUCCCCGGACUCGCUAGAGAAUAUUCCGGAGAAAUGGACUCCGGAGGUCAAGCACUUCUGUCCCCUUGUACCUAUUAUACUCGUUGGAAACAAGAAGGACUUGAGAGGUGACUCUAACACCAUCAAGGAGUUAAACAAGAUGAAACAGGAACCUGUUAAACCUGAAGAAGGACGUGCCAUGGCGGAGAAAAUCAACGCCUUCGCCUACCUAGAGUGCUCCGCCAAGAGCAAGGAGGGAGUCCGGGAGGUUUUUGAGACUGCCACGCGGGCAGCACUUCAGGUCCGACUGAAGAAAAGGAAGAAAUGUGUUAUGUUUUGAGAAGGUUCCCUCCCUCCUCCUCCUCCUCCUCACCUCCCCCCUUGUAUAUUUAGAUAUAUAUUAUAGCUUUUCGUGUAAAUGUAAUAUGAAUUUAAUCUUGGAUCUUGGCCAUAAACAUCAAGCAGUGCACGGGCGCUGUGCUACUCUUCCCUGUGUUUCCAAAGUUUAAAUGUUGCCUUAAUCCUCAUGUAUUUUGGUUUCCGACCCGCCCAACCAAACAACCAGACCCGCCUAACCAAUCUACCAAAACCACCAGCUCGACACAGGACCCCGAUAUAUCAAAUCUACAAUACCAAGCACAAAACUACAAGGGUUGGCGAACCUCUACAAAUAUUAGUUUUUACCAUAACUAUUUGUCUCAACAUCGUUGUGAUCAAAUAAAAAUGAUUUUGUAUA